AUGGUGAUUACUGCCAACCCCGGCAUUUUUGAGGUGGACUUGGUAUUCCCACGCAAUGCGACUUAUACUCCUCAGGCGCUAUCGCCCAUUGUGUGGGCGCUGCAGAAUCCAAGCUUGGCUCUCCCGAUAACGGCCUCCAUCACCUGGAACCUGUGGGAAGGCAACAGCCGUAGCUCCCCUGGUUCCGUCGCCGGAGGCCUUUUUGAGCUGACCGAGGAGAUCACGUCUAGUGAACCUUUUCUGCUUUCAGACUUUGUCAACACCAUGGCCUACCCAGAAGGCCAGUGGACCCUAACGUGGGAUCUAGAGUUCUACAAUUGCUCUGCACUCAACGUUGAUAACUACAACGUUGUCACCCGAGGAGGUUCUACCGUCUUCACUAUCGAUAAGUCGGGCCAGGAACCUGAUCUAGUGGCCGCCACUUCUGACGCUGAAUGUGGCGCAAUGGGAGCAGUUGCUUUGAACAUCACGGCCCUGGAUGAUAUUUGUGGUCACCUCGGUCCGACUCCAACCAGUAAUCCAUGCGGCGUGACCAUCAACUCGACAACCAACGCCAGUCUUUACGCCUCAGCAACUGCAUACGCCUGUUCGGCCCUUGCACCUGAGAAUGCGAAUGUGACCUGCCCGACUAGUUCGUCGUCUGCCAGCAAUUCUGCAGGUCGCUCACGCAUGGCCGCUGCGCCGGUCUUGUUGAUGCUGCUGGCCACGGUAACCAACUUGGUUUAUCUCGGGUGA